ACUGAACCAGCAGCCCAUGUCAUAUUGUCAUCUGACACGAGUCGAGUCGUUAGCUGCUGCAAGCCUUCAACCAUCCAGGCGCAUAUAUCCUUUGCCUGGCUUGCACUCUGGAAAGCAUCAAUGCAUCAUGAUGCACCUGCAAACCUUUUGACUCUGCUCUUUUACUCUGCAUGAGUUCCUUUUUUUUUUCAGUACUUUCUAUGCCCCAUCAUUUAGCCUAACAGCUCGUGUACAUCAAAGAUAAUUAGGCUGUGUUUAGUUCAUGAAAAUUUUUGGAUUUGGAUAUUGUAGCACUUUCGUUGUUAUUUGACAAUUAAUAUCCAAUUAUGAACUAAUUAGGUUUAAAAGAUUUAUCUCAUCAUUAACAGUUGAAACAGUUGAACAGUGUAGUUAGUUUUUUUAAUUGCAUUUAUUGCUUCAUGCAUGUGUGAAGAUUCGAUGUGACAGGUACUAUAGUAAAAAUUUUGGGAACUAAAUAGGGCCUUAGUCUGUGGAUUUGUUGGGAUUAAUCUGUGUGCUGUAGUAAGAGGAAUCCGCAAUUCCUUGCUGCCAAUUCAGGAGCAUCUCCCUUUACAGCCAUCAUUUCUCAUCUCAGCUGCCGAUUCAUAUAUUCUGCUGGAGCUUGCAGCUCAAGUUUGGCACAUCUCUUUGCCGCGCUGGGCCUCCAGCUCCGAGCUCCAGCUUAUAAACUGCCCGGUCCACGAGAGCUCGCGGGAAUCCACCUGCGAAAGCGAGCACACGCAACGCAGCUACGCAAGCAAGCGCGUCAGUGCCCGGUGGUUCCGUCGAUCGAGCUAGCUCGGCGAAGCCGCGAAGGCGGCGAUGGAGGGGAGACGAGGAGCUGCGGUGCUGGCGUGGGCGAUGGCGUGGCUGGUGGCGUGCGCGGGCGUCGUCGCCGGGGACGACCAGCAGGGCGAGCCAGCGGCGGGAGGCCCGCCGGACACGAACCAGCUGUGCGUGAGCAAGUGCGGGACGUGCCCGACGGUGUGCACGUCGGCGCCGCCGACGAUCCUGCCGAUGACCGCGCCCCCGCCGCCGUCCCUCGCGCUGCUGCCGCUGUCCGCGCCGCCGCCGCCGUACCUGGAGCUGGUGCUGCCGCCGCCGCCGCCGUCGGGGGACGCGUCCGACGUGCUGCCUCCGCUCACGCCGAUGACGUCUCCGCCGGAGUCCCCGUGCUCGACGCCGCCGGACUCGGAGCCUCCUCCGUCCUCGUCGCCGUCGGAGCCUCCCCCGUCACCGCCGCCCCCACCGCCACCCAAGAGCAGCGGCGGCGACGGUAGCAGCGGAUCGCACUUCUCGUCCCCGCCGUCGUCGUCCAACCCGUACUACUACCUGUACCUCUCCGGCGGCGCCAAGGCCCGCGGCGGCGCGUCGACAAGCGCUUGCACGGCGCUAGUCCUCGCCGCGCUCAUGCCCCUCGUCGCCUUGUUCAAGUGACUGGCAAACCAAUGGUUCUCAACUGUUCAGGCCGGUAUUACGCGCGCUGCCUUUUCUUCCUCGAUCGUUUUGGCAUCCGAUUCGAUGAUGAUCUCUGGACUUUUGCGGUGUCAGAUGCUUGUUGCAUGAAGAUAGUAGUAGUAGUAGCUGUGCUUACAAUUUGUUGACCGUAUUGUUAUUAACGUUGCUGUACGUACCUUAAUUAAUUUGUAAAAAGUGAACUCUAAUGAUGGUCCAGAGUAUGUUUUCCCCUUGGCUUCGACGUGGGGGAUGUUGAUGGCUU